UGCUUCCCUUGUCAUUUCGACUUUGAAAAUGGAAGACUUGAUGGUUGGACUAAGUCUGGUACUGUGUUUGACAAUCAGCCAACUUAUGGUGACAACCCGACAGCACGUGGCAGAGGUCAGCCUGCAAACCAACAGGGAGUCUGGUGGAUCGGAGGUGCCGAAAACCGUCCAAAAACAAGUUCACCUGCAGGAUUGCUACAAGGAGAUGGACCCCAGGGAACUCUCACCUCCCCUCCUUUUUUCAUCAGCGGUAAUGGGAAAUUGUCUUUCUUGAUUGGAGGGGGAUGUAACACUGAUUAUAUUCGAGCAGAGUUGAUCAUCAACAACCAGGUAAACAUGUUCAGUAAUAAGGUGGUUUUUCUAGAUAAAAAUAAUCUUACCCGCCAAGUACCUUGUCAUGUCAUAAGUCAGGGAAUCAUUCCUUUUGAGACAGACUUCUCUCAUGUUGCUAAGUUCUUCUAUGAGAGGAGAUACUCUUUUCUCGCGACGUUGUUAUUCUGGGGUCUUACACAAAAAAUUUAGCCUGCGUAGCAGACGCAAUAAACCCCGGUUAGUAACUUCUACGAAGCAAUGCCGAGAGCCUUCUUCUAGGCCGCCAGUGGACCCCACGAUCCAGAAAUGCGUUUCGAUUUCCUUUCAUCCUGAUUGGCAAAUCGACAAUACCUCUUUUAACAGGCCAAUCAUGGCGCGUACUCAAAUCCGGGUACACAUGUGGGGGCCUGAAACAAGGAUUUCGGCGCUUCUUUGCAGAUGGACUUAUGGUGACGAUGAUGAUGAUGAUGAUGAUGAUGAUAAUAAAAUUAAGGAGCAUUCUCCAUAGCGCUCAAAAAUACGUCAAUCAUUCAUGAUCAUUUGAUUGCCUAUUCUUUAGUUAACUAUCUGGGUGUUGUUAAUACCACAAACGUAUUAAAAAAUACGUUCAUUAGUCAAAUGAAUGUUUAUAUCUCGCAGGUGGUGAGAAAAGCAACUGGGCAAUGUACGGAGACUAUGGCUCGUCAGACGUGGGAUGCAAGUGAAUUUGUCGGUCAGAAAGCCUUUCUUCGCUUAGUGGAUGCCUACUCUUACAGCUGGGGCCACAUCAACUUUGACGAUCUACGCGGAGAUAUCAUCUUUGUGUAUUGCAACAUUUAUUAA